AUGAGACCGUCCCUCCUGAGCAGUUUUUGCGCUUUCGUAACCGUGGUCGGGGCUGUUGGUGUUAGGCCCAGUGCCCAAUGCAAGUGCUUUCCCGGUGAUGCGUGUUGGCCGUCCAAGCAGGAAUGGGACGACUUCAAUAGCACAGUAAGCGGCCGUCUGAUCAAGACGGUCCCCUUGGGCGCUCCAUGCCAUGCUCCGAACUAUAACGCGUCGCUGUGCGCGACAUUGGCGUCGCAAUGGAAGUAUUCGGAGGUGCAUAUCGACUCGUCUUCAUCCAUUCAAGACCCGAUUUAUGCCAACCAAAGCUGUGAUCCAUUCACCUCUCACGCUUCGCCUUGCCUGAUGGGCAACUAUGUGCGAUAUGCGGUGAACGUGAGCGACCCUAGCGAUGUCGCAGCGACCCUCCAAUUUGCCCACGAAAAGAACAUCCGACUGGUGAUUCGAAACACUGCGCAUGACUACAUGGGACGUUCUACUGGGGCUGGGGCACUCGCCGUCUGGACGCACAACCUGAAGAGCAUUGAGAUCAAAGACUGGGCGGAUGCCCAAUACACCGGCAAGGCCAUCAAGAUCGGUGCUGGAAUCCAAGGCUUUGAGGUGUCUCAGAGCCUCUCCAGGCAUGGACUGGUGGCCGUGACGGGCGAAUGCCCGACCGUUGGCAUCGCUGGAGGGUAUACGCAAGGUGGCGGUCACUCCCCUCUCAGCACGGCGUACGGCCUGUCCGCCGACAACACACUGGAGUUUGAGGUCGUGACGGCCGACGGCAAGCUCGUGACGGCCAGCCCGACUUCGUCAAAAUACGCCGAUCUCUUUUUCGCCUUGAGUGGUAGUGGCGCGGGAAACUACGGCGUCGUGAUCUCAGUCACCCUUAAAGCGCACCCCGAGGCCAUCACCAGCGGCGCCGGGUUCACUCUGGACCAGCCUAACCUCGAUUACCCAGCGAUUGUCAAUACCUGGCACGCUGCACUGCCUGGGAUUCUGGACGCCGGCGGCAUGGCAACGUAUUACGCACAGAACGACACCCUCGUUGUCUAUUCCAUUACAGGCUACAACCUCACACAAUCCGACAUGGAAACGAUCCUGGCCCCAUUUAUCAAGGCCGUGGCUCCGUUGGGUGUCACCCUCAAGCCUAAGUAUACCCAGUUCGACACCUACAACGAGCACUACGACUCGUAUUACGGCCCCCUCCCCGUGGGAGUCUUCGGCUCGGCCGGUGAGUACCUCAUGGGAGGCCGCCUGCUCCAUCGAGAUACGCUCCAGCACCUUGGGGACGCGAUCAACCAGACCCUUCAGUUGGGAGUGCGCGUGAUCGGCCAAGCAACCAAUGUAAAGAAGUUUCGCUCGGAGACCAGAGCCGUCCUGCCACAAUGGCGCGAUACCCUCGUCAUGUCUUCCUAUACCCUCCCCUACAGUUUCAAUGUGCCAUUCUCCAAGAUGACGGCCGAGCAAGACUACAUCACUGACCACAUCAUGCCGAUCAUUGAAAAGGUCACUCCCAAUGCGGGUGCGUAUAUCAACGAGGCGGAUUUCCAGCAGCCCGAUUGGCAGGACGUUUUCUUUGGGCAGAAUUAUGCGCGUCUGUUGGCGAUCAAGAGGAAGUAUGAUCCGAAUGGACUGUUUUGGAAUCGGAUCGCGGUCGGGAGUGAGGGAUGGAUGACGCGACAAGACGGGAGGCUGUGUCGAGUUUGA